AGACUUACUCAAAAACACACUCCAGCUCCUCUCUCAGCGGGAAUCACUGAGUGAAACGGUGCCUCUCACCCUGUGGACGACUGACUGUGCCCAAGGCUAGAAGACUGUGAUCCUCAACGUGAGUCCCUGUAGAUAGUGCUGUGUGCUGCGGCCCACUCCAGUGGUAACCAUGGCGACUGCAGAGCCGCCAAAUGGACUGUGGCACAGAAACAACAAGGCCCAUCAGUCAGAUGAGCUCUCCAGCCAUGCUGGGAGCCAUGAUAAUGUGCAGGAGGACAAUCUGAGACAGUGGCAGAAACAUGCACAGAAGGUGAAGGUGAAAGUCCUGGAGCAGGUCCAGGAUCAGCUCAGCGAUAUUCUCGACAAUGCUCUGACCGAGUCCGUCCAGCCCUUCACCCACAUCCAGCCGACCGUAAACGGAAAGAUGACACGAAAGCCCUCAUCCAGAUCUCAGAAAAUGGAUAAUGGAAAAGUGUUUAUGGACAGAGCAUCACUGUUGGAUGAACUGUUUGAGAUCAGUCACAUCAGAACCAUCUACCACAUGUUCAUAGCCGUGCUCCUCAUCUUCUUCCUGAGCACACUGGCUGUCGACUAUAUCGACCAGGGCAGGUUGGUCUUGGAGUUUGACCUGCUUUUCUUCGCCUUUGGGAAGCUGGGGACAGUCACCUGGGCUUGGGGUGUGAUGUUCGUCUACACGCUGCUCGUUCCCUACUACACCCUGGUGUUUUGGGGUUCCCUGUACCACAGCUUGUCCUCCAAGUUGGGGCUGUCUCUGGGGACAGGGUUGAUCUUGUGUGCCGUACAGACCUGUGUUCUGGGGCUGUUUCCGAUCUAUACAGUCGUAAACAACCAGCUGCCACCAGCUUCACGGUUCAUUGUGAUACUGGAGCAGAUACGAUUCCUGAUGAAGAGCUACUCCUUCAUGAGAGAAACUGCUCCUGUUGUAAUGAGGAACACACCAAAGGAAGGAGAAAGUCCCAGAUUCCCAACAUUUUCCAGCUACCUGUACUUCCUCUUCUGUCCAACUCUCAUCUACAGGGAAUCAUAUCCGCGAAACACCCACAUCAGAUGGAAUUAUGUUGGCGUUACUCUUGGCAUGAUCUUGGGCUGCCUUUUUUAUGGCUACUUUAUUCUGGUGCGCCUCUGCAUGCCCGUCUUCAGACUUGAGACAAACCAGCUGUUUAGUAAACGGACCAUGGUUCUAGCUGUGUUCCACUCAAUAUUACCAGGUAUAAUGCUCCUUCUGUUGUGUUUCUUCGCCUUCCUGCACUGCUGGCUCAACCUCUUCGGGGAGCUGCUGCGCUUCGCUGACAGGAUGUUCUACAAGGACUGGUGGAACUCUACAUCCUUUGCCAACUAUUACCGUACCUGGAAUGUAGUGGUUCAUGACUGGUUGUAUUACUACGGAUACAGAGACUUCCUCUGGCUGUCGAAAAGGAAAUUCCGCACAGCUGCCAUGCUCUCCGUGUUCAUCGUCUCCGCUGUCGUCCAUGAGUACGCCUUGACAUUGGGCUUCGGCUUCUUCUACCCGGUCAUGUUCUGCCUCUUUGCAGUCUUUGGAGUGGUCUUCAAUUUUACCAUGAAUGACAAGCGUCAGAACCCUGCGUUCAACGUCAUCAUGUGGGCGUGUCUCUUCCUCGGCCAGGGCAUCCAGGUGUGUCUGUACAGCCAGGAGUGGUACGCCCAAAUACACUGCCCGCGGAAAGAGAAUAGUUUUUGGGAGCUGGUAACGCCUCGAUCCUGGUCCUGCAGCUACCAGAGAUGAGGCUGCCUUUCUCCUGGGCUGGAGGGAUAAAUGAUGACAAGAUGGAGGUCUGAAAAUCACAAUGGACUAAACAUAAAUACGAAAGCACAGAAGGAAAACUUGAAAGAGAUGUAAAUAUAAAAGGAUUUCUGUUUUUAGCAUGUAAAGAUUUUCUUGGGUCAAGAUGUGACUAUGACUAGUUGUUUUUAUGUUGUGUGACUGAUGUGACUGAUAUGUCACUGGUCUAUCACCUCUGAAUUAUUUCAACUUUUUAUUUGUACUGAUACCAUUAAAUAGUUUUUAAUAACUCGGGCUGUGUAAACCGUUCUUGAAAAAUGAUUUUCAUGGACUGAUAUAAUACUGUAAGCAAACUGUUGCACAUUAAUAAACUUGUUUAUUGACUGAAGUGUUGUUUGGUCAAGUGUGUAGCAAUUAAAAAAAAACUAAACACA